CGGAGACUCGAGCUGUUGUAGAGGGGAAAAAGAAGUCAGAGAGCCAUUCAGAAACAGCUGUCCGACAGACAUCGCAGUUGACAGAAGUGCAGCCCCAAAGAACAAGUCAGGAGAGUGGCAAAAGCAAAACCCUUCAGAUCCUCUGAGCUCCUCUUCAGGCCCAUUUUCUUUCUGGGGAGAGCUUCUGCUUACAAGGACAGGAAGACGGAGGACUCCGGGAGAAAAAAUGUGGAGGAGUCUGUUAGCUGCUAUAGACCACCCUGCUAGUACAGACGGGCACCCUGAUGCCCUCCUGUGGGGUAGGACACAGGCAAAGCUGCCAUCUCAGACAUCUCAGUGUCUAAAAGACUCUUGGAAGGCAUAGCUACUAUCCAACACAAUUAGUUGUUUUUUUUUUUUUUGCUUCAAUGCAGCUGCAUUGAAGAAGACAUUUAUCAGCUAAUCAAAGAGGUUGGAAGGACAAGAAGCUCUUGGCAUUACUGUUGGGCGAUCCAGGAAGUGUGUCUCUUCACUAAUGAGUCUUCUGAGUAAACACAGCCUCCUAAAAGUGUGCAAUAAGGCUGAUGUGUCUGCACGGUUUGGUUGCAGCAAGAAUGUGGAUGUUUUCUAUGUGAGAAGGUUCUUAUUUAAGGCGGAGUGGACUUGACUGCCUGAGCACUUUAUCAGACCGUCAUUACUGACAUACCUCUCAUAAGCCUAUAAAUGGACACACUGCCGUCUCACUGCUGCUCACUCCCACCCCAUCGCAGCAGGCUUCCUUUCCUGUCAGUUGCCCAGUCAUUUGAGCGGUCUCAUUUAUUUUUGUGUGGUUACACUCUUGGAGGAUCUGUGGUGGAAAAGCAACUUAAACAGAAUGAUACUUUUAAAAAUCACAUUUGAAACUUUUGACUAAUUAAAAAAAACCCUCUUUGCAUGCUAAAGUACAUGACAGCGCUUUCUUUUUUUAUUUUGGAGCGCUUUCUUUUUUUAUUUUGGAAAUUCAAUCAACAAUCUGCCCCUACUCCUUUUUUCAAAUCCACUUGCUUUAUGAUAUCCUUUUUCUGCAUAUUUCACACAAUUCCUAAAAACCCUGUCCACUUCUUCCCUGCCCUUUGCCCCCAACUCCAUCUUUUUUUAUCUCCUUGCAUGUCUGAGCAGUAGCUCACUGCUAAAACGGGCUGAUCCAAUUACAGCCCUCUCUCAGAUCUUUUCUCCAAUUUUGCAGUCCAGCUGUUCCACAUUAGCACACCCAGAAUUGUGGAAGCAAGAAGAGGCUCAAGUGUGGAAAUGUGACUAGGCAGCAAAAAGUAUUGGAACUAAAUCUCAUUCUUAUGUCCUUUCAUUUUUUUUUUUCAGUUUAACACAUGAAGAUAUACAUUUUAAUUUUAUUCAGAGUUAAUCAUUGGAACCCAAGCAGUGGCUGGAUUUAAUGAAAAAAUAUCUGUGACAGUUCUUAAACUUGUUUUUUUCUAGUCUACGGUCAAUAAAGUAAUGUUGAUGUGUCUCACUUUUCUAUGAUUGCAGGAAAGUGUCCUCUGAUCUUCCCGCGUCCCCAAAAUUCCCACAUUUUGCAUGGAGAAUCUGCCCCUGACCAAUGCUGUCGAUGUUUUUGGAGUAUUCUAGGAAAAUUCUUGCCUUAAGAAUGUAACUUCAGCUGUCCCUGUUGGAGUGCUACAUAUUUAACACUUCUACUCUGCAUGUCUGAGAGCUCCUCCAAAGAAGCACCAAUGCCAACUAAAGCCCCCAUUUACCUAAAGCCUACCAACAGCAAAAAGGGGAAAAAAAGUCGCCUGAGAGACAUUUUGUCCCCCGACAUGAUCAGCCCUCCCCUCGGGGACUUUCGCCACACGGUUCACAUUGGCAAGGGCGGGGGUGAAGACACCUUUGGAGAUAUGUCCUUCCUUCAAGGGAAGUAUGAGCUGAUCCACGGAAAGGGGGAUCGUCAAUACAGCAUUCAGAGUGAACUUAUGCGAGCAAACAGCACCGGGAAUGCUGGCUUUGCAGAGACUCCCUCCCCAGUCCUCAAGAAUGCAAUCUCACUCCCCACUAUUGGAGGCUGCCAAGCGCUCACACUUCCACUGACAUCUCCCACAGCUUUCUCCAUACCACCAGAGCCUCUGGGGGGAAUUGAGGAACCUCCAUCUUCAAUAAAAGCUGAGAUGGAUCCCCUGCUGCGCUCCAUUGACGUCUUCAGCGGUGAGACCUCCACUUCAUUUAAUGAAAUGUAUCCCAAACCUGAUGUUCUUCAACAUCUGGUGGAGAACAGAGAUAAACAAAAAGCAGUAUGCAAAGCCAACAGAAGUGAGGUUGACCCAACCUUGUACUACUACACCAAUGACCAAACCAACAUCUACAAAGUCAGUGGAAGCAGCAACAGUUCUGACACCUUUGGGAUUGAAAGAGGUUUUCAGAGCAAGGUCUUUAACAACAGUGGGCAUCUAAAUAAAAACAGAAACUGCAACAGUUCUGGACACUUUGACAAUGACAUCACCCUUGGAUUUGUGUUCCCAAUGUUCACCAGAGACAGCAUGGACAGGGACAGUGGGGUGGAUGAGGGCCGCAUCAGUGACUAUGACUUUGAGCUUUCCCAAAGCAAAAGCAUGUCUCAGGAUUCUCUUACCCAGAUCACAGGGUCACUUCUUUCCCUGGAACUGGAUCUAGGUCCAUCUAUCCUUGAUGACGUGCUGAAUAUAAUGGACAAACCUGAAGCUAAAAACAGGCCUUAAGCUGUGCUUUAGGCUGGUGAAAUGAGAAAAGGAAUCAUCAGAAUAUAGCCAUAAGAGCAGUAGGAACUAAAAUGAUGUCUGGAUAUAUCAUUGAGAUAACUUAUUAUUUGAAAUUAUCUAACUAUGUAGUGUUGAUGCUUCUUUAUUUUCACUUUGCUAAGCCACAUUGUCAGCAUGGUUUAAAUGCAUGUGCUUUUCUUUUGAACCUUAAGCUGCCUUUGUGGUUUCAUUUUUAUAAUAUUAUAAAAUUUCUGCACAAGAACACAAUACUUGAGAUCUUUUGCUUUUUAUCCAUUACAGUCUCAAAGUCUCUGUUGCAUUUCUUGGUUUGAAUCUGAGUGUGUUUAACAAAGCACUUUUACAUGUUUCAGAUUUUUAUUGGGCAAAGGAGAAUGUAAAAG